AUGCAUGCGCGCAAAGAACAAGACGCAGCAGAGGCAGAAGCAGACUCAACGAGUGAGAGUGCGCCGACAAUGACAGCGAACGCUGCGUCGAGUGCAAUGAUACAAAAUAAGAAGAAGCGUGUCAAGAUGGAAGCACUCGUACAGGCUGAGCCCAUUUACACGUCUCCGUACGACUCACAGCCUGGCGGACAGAGCAAGACGUCGACAACAGCGACGACACCGGCGAUGCGAUCUGCUAUCGAUAGUCCCGUCUAUCAUGCCAGGCAGCCGCCCACGACGACCUAUCCUCGAUUAUCCAGCACGCAACCGCCACCACUGCAACCUGUUCAAGCUAUGCUCGAUGAGGCCGCUGCCUCGCCGCAUAUACCGGCUCGCUCCACCUACAGCUUGUCGGUAGACAAAACUCCCUAUAAUCGAGAGACACAGCUUGAUUACGCACACCUGGCUAGUAUCCCGUGGCAACAACCCCAGUAUGUCAAUUUCCCACCAGACAUCAAUCAUGGCGUCGCAGACGAUGUCAUGCAGCUACAAGGGUCGCUUGACCAAUCACGACAACAGCUCAGAUGGCCCGCACCCUCUGGAGAGUCUUUUGUUCGAGGGAGCGCACCAGGUAUUCCUGAACCUCGCUCAAACAUGUAUGUACCGGUGCCACAGCCAUACUACAAUGGCGACUCACUUGAUGUGUCGACACAACCUUCCGAACCUGCCAUGAAUCGCUGGCUCAUGCUCAACCAACACAACAAUCCCGUCACGAAUCUCCUCAAUAUCAGCAGUCAGCCAAAUACUACUGCAAAUUGGGGCAUUCCACCACCGUCAAACAAGGGUAAUGGCAACAUCAAUGAUGCUCGGUAUGCGAAAAUCGAGCAGGGAUUCUAUGGUCGUCUCUUUUCACAUGGCAAGUGGGCUAUUGCAGAAAAGCGUUGGUACGAUGUCUUGCAUGGUGGAACAGAAGAUCUCUUUGCCAGUUGCGAUCCAACGUGUGAGUUGCCACUGGUUCCUGGUCAACGUGCUCGUGUGAGUGAAGCAUGUCGAUUACGCAUGAUGCGCGCCUUGUUUCCAGAAAGUCGCAAUCCUUACGAUCCUGCAUCAAAGCUGGAUUAUACCGGUGAUUUGCUCAGUGGCUUUCCAACGUGUUCUGAUUUCGAUCAGGCGCUCGAUACGUACUUUGAGCGCUUCACAAAGGAAGCGCCCUUCUUCCACAUUGGUGUGUUUAGCAUCUCAACGUGCGAUCCACUCUUACUAAUGACCAUGGCGUGUGUUGGUUUCGGGCUUGGACAGACUGAAUCCGGCAAUCACUUUGUACAGAGCAAUUUUGAUGGCCUCAAGAAUCGCAUUAUGGGUGAUUUGGAAGGCAAGCUCAAUGGCAUUACGCUGGAUGCGAUUUCAGGUUUCGCAACGGCUUUCAUCUUUCUCAAGCUUGCUGCGUUAUUUGCUGAUCGCGACCAUUUGACGCCCUGUCAAAUGAUGUAUAUUUGCAUGGUGAGUAUUGCUCAAACGCACGGCAUCUUUACAGAUUAUGGUCGAAAAGUCACGUCUGGUUUGUUUUCUCAAUUCUCCAGCGUCGAGACAACGUGGAAGGCCUGGGGUCGUGUUGAGUCGUUGAAACGCAUCAUUGUCAGUAUGCUGCGAUCAGACUCUGCGUAUUGCACGUUUUUGCGCACAGCGCCUGUCAUUCGUGUCAAUAACAUCGAGAUGCUCCUGCCGUGCGAUGAUUUGCUAUUUGAUGCACCGAAUGCAGAUGUGUGGUGGGCAAUUGUUCAGGGUGAGGAGCAUCCCAUCAUCAUGCCAGCCUUGUCAUCACACAAUUCUUUGGACAAGCUUGUUGGGCACACGUUCCUCAACUACUACUCACUGCACACAGUCCUUAAUUACCUGUCGCUACGAGGUGCUGAUGCUGCUCAAAAGCUGCAAGACUACCAAUCCAUCCAUCGCGAGACAGAGCCAUUCGUGCCAGUCCCCUAUGACUUGUACAUUCGUGACGAAACUGGCAGGAAUAUGGUACACCACUUGAUUUCCUUUAUCGACAACUUCCAAUCACUGCUCCCUUCCUUUCCUCAAGACUGGCAACGCACGAAUUGUCUUGUUUUUUGGCAUUACCUCUGUCUGUCACUCACGAUGAAUAGCGACUUGCUUGAAAUCACAGCGGGUCGGUCAGGUGGUCAAGCAGCGUCGUUUGCAGCGCGUUACACCAAGAAAUGGGUUCAAACGCCUGCUGCACGACGCGCUUUAUUGCACAGUGCACAAGUGUAUCAAUUAUUGGCAAACAAGCAACAAACGGAUAUGCGAAGUAUCUAUGCGUGCUUUGCAGUCUUUCAAGCGGCCCUGGUCAUGACGUUGUAUGUAUUUGCGUCACAACCAGCCAGUACGAAUGGAUCCGGUACAAAGAUGUUGAACGGCUCGGGUAAGCAAGACGUGUCAGCAACUGAAACAGCUGGUUUUGAGCUGACUGAACCGCUUGACUGGGCUGGUAUGGGUUCCGUGGGCCUUGAUCAUGCUGCAGCACUGAACGGCACGCCUGCUGCACAAUGGAUUGCGGUGGGUGGACCCUGGCAGUUCAGUGGGAAACGACUUGAUGGCUUUGCUGGAGCGAUUUAUUUGUUGGACAUUUACAGUGAUUUGCUCAAGACGUGUGGCAAGUGGAAUUAUGCUUCGAUGCAUAAGAUUUUGGUUUCCAUGAGGGAUUUGUUGACUCGGCAGUAG